UAAAGAAGAAGAAGAAGAUCGCCUUCUCGCGAUAUUCCGCUUAAAAAUAACGCGGGACAGUGGGAGGAAUCAAUCCGUUGUAACUACAACCGUGGUUGAAAGAGAGACAACAUUAGACAGUCAACAGAGGGUAGCAAAUGUUCAACUAGCUACACCUUGUAAUAAAUGACAUUGUCCUCAGCGCAGCUCUGUUUGUUGGACUCUCCCGAUAUAUAUAUAAAAGCAGCAGCUUAACACAGUUAACGCGUCUGUUUACCGUUGGCAAACGUUUGUUAGCUAACAGCAGCUAACCAGCUGACUGUAGCUCGUUUUCUAAAUGGAUCCUACGGAGGACUUGUCUGCUCGGGUCCUGCUGAAACAUAUUCUCAGCACCGAGACACCCAGGACUCCCAUCACCCGCAGUGCCUCCAAAACACAGAGUAGCAGCGCAACCAGAAGCAGCAACAGACUGAGCAGGAAUGACCCUGGUGCCCAAACCCCACAGGACAUCCUAAGACGCAGCCUGAGACAUAAAAUACGAGAGAGUAUAACCAGGCAAUCCCUGCCCGCUACUAAAAGGAGGACUACCUCAGUCGUGCUCAGAAAGUUGCCUUCCUCAACCUCAAUGCUGUUUGAUGAUGGAGACACACCGCGGCACAUACUCAAGAACAUCAUGCUGACCGAGCCUGUGAAGUCCCCUGUGGUUCAUGAAAAAGCUGCGUCUGAAGAGCCACAGCCAUCUUCAUCCGCCUCCAGCAUCACAAGGAAGCGUCCUAGUUUAGAGCUUUCAGGGUUGGACUUGCCUGAUUUAACUAUUGGCAACAUAGAGAGUACUGCAAAGGCACUGAGCAGGAAGAGACCACGUCGGAGCCUUAAUGUAACUGCUUUUGAAAACCGUCUUAAAGAUGGAAAAGAUGUUGAGGAAAAUGAAGAAUCAAUACGUGACCAUUCAUCGCUUUCUUUGUCAAGUUCCACUUCUCUGAGUUUAAAAACCCCCUUUGUGGAUGUUUGGACUGAGAAAAAGGGUUUGCAGAGAAGAGUUUCUAACCGUCGAAAAAUCUCAGAAGAAGAAUUUGGCGCUGCUGUAAAUAAAAGGCAGAUGGCAGGAGUGAGCAGCUUUGUGCAAUUGGAACGGGGUCUUAGUGAGACCUCCUUAUCUGAGGACUUCACUUUGGGCCAAAGCAAACUCAGUGAACCUGAUAUCACGGCUGAUAUCCUCCACUGUGACACGGCUCUCUACGCCCGGCCUGAUGCCAUGACCUCCAGCUUUUCCUUUGUUGCAACUCAGGACAAACUAACAGUGAUGGCGUCUCAGCUUCAGAGACAGAUGGAGCAGAUGGAGGCAGAGCAGAGCAAGCUGGGGAAAGAGAAGUCAACGUAUGCAUUUCCAACUGAAGAGGGUGCUGAACCUCAGAAUGAAAAAUCUUUUUCUCAGUUUGAGGAAGAUGCUGAUGCAGCUGAAUUUCAAAAGGAGAAAGAGAAGAGUACAGCUGAUGGCCGUCUUGAAGAUGCUGUCGCCAUGUCUGAGGAAGAGGAAUGUAUAGCUGAAUCCAAGACAAGUGUAAGCAAUGAUACAGCCGAGUCUGAGGAAGAGGAAAACGGAGUGGAAACUGAGAAAGGUGCCGCUGAUUCUCACACUGAAGAGGAUGCUGCAACCAGGUCUCAGUCUGAGGAAGAGGAGCCUGCAACAGACUCUCAAACUGAAGAAGGAGGUGCAGGUGACUCUCAAACUGAAGAGGAACAAUGUGGAGUUGAUUCCCAACCUGAAGAGGAUGUUACAGCCAGGUCUCAGUCUGAGGAAGAGGACUGUGCACCAGACUCUCAAACCGAAGAAGAAGAAGAAGGUGGUGCAGGGGACUCCCAAACUGAAAAAGAAAUUGCUCUUGAUUUGCAGUGUGAGGAGGAUGUUGCAGCCAGGUCUCAGUUUGAGGAAGAGGAGGAUGUUGCAGUUAGGUCUCAGUCUGAGGAAGAGGGGGAUGUUGCAGAACACCAAAGUGAUCAAGAGGAUCCUGCAGCCAAUUCUCAAUCUGAAGAAGAGGGUGAUUUGGCUGAUUCUCAACCUGAAGACGAGCAUGAUGAGAAGCCAUGGGAGGAAGAUGGUGAGCAGGCAUCAGAACAGCAGGAACAGGACUCUGAACACAUCGGUCAAAGGGCUAGGCGCUCUGAGGGUAGACUCAUUAUGCCUGUCAAAGAAGCAGGUGAAGAUUUGGCAGACGCCACAGAGGCAGGGUGGUCUGAUGGCAAGUCCAAAGCACACAGCAGCCUGGAAAUGGAAAGCUGUGAGAGCGGUCAGCUUCGUGUUGGGAUCCCUGACUUGGCUGAGUCCUCAGCCCAAGGACUGAAAGAUGCUUGUUCUACAGAAGGCGAGCCUGAUGUCGAUGAAGAGAACUCCUUUAAUCUUCCGGAGAGGACACAUGAUAUUGAAGAAAGUAGGCACCGGAGUGACCAUUCACCUGAAGAAGCUGCUCAACAGGAGGAAGAGUGGGAGGAUGAAGAAGAUGAAGAAGAUGAAGAAGAGAGUGAUGAGAUCUCCAGCAAGACUCCAGCAUUUGUCAGACAGAAAAGGAACUUUUUUCAGCCCGAUGCUCAGGCCUCACCUUCUGUCUUUAAGAAUAUUCAAACCAGCAGUAGUACAGGUGAAGCCUUUUCUGCACCUAAACCAAAGCAGGUGAGACGGAGGAGGAAAGGGCCGGCUAAAAAAGAAGCAAGCCUUCCUAAGAGCUACCUAAUGGGCGUGUUCAAGCACUUUGCCAAAACGAAUGUCUCUGCAGAUGUGUACCCUGUACUACAAGACAUAAUGGAUAAAUACUUUGACCGGCUGGCAGUGGACUUGGAGACAUAUGCUGUUCAUGCAAAAAGAAAAACCAUUGAGGUUGAAGAUGCUGAACUGCUGUUAAAAAGACAGGGUCAUGUGAAUGACAAGGUCCCAGUGGAAGUUCUCAUUGAAAAGUAUCUUCGUAUGGACCAGCGCAAGCUCCUGAUCCCCAUUGCAACCAGUGGAAAUGUUGUUAUCCCUAAAACGCGGAGAUAAUUGUUUUUAUAUACAGCUGCAUUGUAUUUUGUCUGGUUUCAUCUUUGGACUGUUAUACAUUUUACUUAUACUGCAUUUGAUUUGGAUGAGUGUUGUCUCCAUUUAAUGUUGUUAAUCAGAAUAUAAAUGUUUCUGUACGUGUAUAAAUAUUUGUUGACAACAAUUAGUUUUUGUAUGUGAUGUCUGUAUAGCUUUUUCCUAUCUGUAUUAGGCCGGCCACACAGUGCCUGCAUGGCGUGAGUGUGGCAUUUUUGUUGCGUGUCAGCUGCGUUGCGGCUGCGUGGACUUUUCUGUCUUUUCACACCAGAAACAUGU